ACAGAAACCUUCGGCGUCUUCCGCAAUCGUCCAUAGUUAAACACGGCGAAGGAAUCCCGGGCGGAAGGCAUAAACUCCACUGACCCUGAGGACCACCGGGCUCCAGCGCAGCUAUGAACUUGGAGCGAGUGUCCAAUGAGGAGAAGUUGAACCUGUGCCGGAAGUACUAUCUUGGUGGAUUUGCGUUCCUGCCUUUUCUUUGGUUGGUCAACAUUUUCUGGUUCUUCAGAGAGGCCUUCCUCGUCCCAUCCUACACAGAGCAGAGCCAGAUCAAAGGCUAUGUUUGGCGCUCAGCUGUGGGCCUCCUCUUCUGGGUGAUUGUCCUCACCACCUGGAUCACCAUCUUCCAGAUCUACCGGCCCCGCUGGGGCGCUCUUGGGGACUACCUCUCCUUCACCAUUCCCCUGGGCACUCCCUGACAGCAUCACAAGAUAGUGAUGAUCAGCGUUUUUUCUCCCAGGAUGGGCUUCUCUGUUUUUCCUCAAACCCUGAAGACUGUCUGUCACCCAUUUCCCAUCUGCUCCAAUAAAUGACCCUAACUUUA